GCAGCGACUUGAAGCAUACAAUAAUGUUUACGUAACCUACAAGUAGUUUAAAUUAUUUUCAUUAUUAAUAUUGCAGAUGCAUAAAAGCAAAAGUGGAGCCAGUGCGCAGGCGGCGUAUACACCACAAGUGUACUGGUUCCAGAUGCUGAAAUUCCUCGACCAGUCUACUGAGGCCGACGAGAGUGUGUGCAAUUUCGAGAGCACAGAAAGUGAAACUGGAAGUGAACGUGCCACACCGACGUAUGAGGAAAUGAUUGCGCAUGAGAUGCAAGAGCCUGUCGCAUGUAGCGAGGCUCAGCCACAGCCCCUGCGUCAAGAGCAGCCUCCCACUAAAAGGAGGAGAGUCACGCCAGACGUGGCAACAAACGUUAUGGUGGAGGCCAGCAGGACACUUCAGGCUAUGGCUGAUGCUGCCAGAUCCAUGCCUGUCCAUGAAGACCGCUACAGCACCCUUGGCGCCCACAUCGCAGCAGAACUGUGUGAAAUGGAAAAGGUGGGCGGCAGGGAAUACACCACUGUCACUGUGCACAGUCUGCAGCGGACAUUAAUGGACAGGUGCGAUUUGCUGCAUGCGACAGCCCGUGCACAACCGUCCACCUCUGGAUAUAUCCAGGCUGCCUUGCAGCAGGCUGGAAUAGAGGAUGAGGAUUCCAUUUUAUAAAUAUAUAUGUGUGUAUAAUUUUUGUAUCUCUCCAAUCUUCUUAAUCUAUUUUUAUAA